UCUCGCACUACGCUCACUAUAGCGUCCAGCGCGCAACGGCGCCACAUUGUAGUUACAUCACGUCGUCGCAUCAACGGCACAACGAUAUUAACAAUAAUAAUAAUAUUAUAUUUUUAUUUAUUAUAUUGUGAUUUAUUUUUCGUAAAACCCGUUGUACUCGCCGAGUCCGUCUUCCCGUUUCCGCCGACGUACUACCAACCCGCAGCGGCAAUCCACACGGCGGCAGUCGAUCUUUUUUUCCCUUCUCGAGUCUCGUUCGAUUCCUCCUCGCCCCCUUCGUCGUCGUCGUAAUCGUCUCAAUUCGCGCGCUGUUUAUCGGAGGGGCAUCGGAGGUGGUCCACGCGGAAAACACUUAUUUUUUUGAUGGACGAUUCCCGUCCGUCGAUGUGCCGUUAUUGUCGUGUCGGUUGAUAUUUAAUAAUUAAUUAUCUGUCACCAGUGCGAUCGUACACCUAACCAACGGCACGAAAGUAUUUCGCCUUACGACAUUCGCAUAGCGUUCGAGUGUCGCAACAACAUAUCAAUAUUACUCACAGAGGACACAGAUAAAAGAACAGUUCCAAUGGACAUCAAGUUCAAUGGUUAUGAAUACCAUAUGAUCAGGAAGUUUACUUCCAUGUGCUAUGGUAGUAGAUGUAAUGUCAUUGACAGAAUCAAAAUACGCAACAAGAUUAGUGUUUGGCAUGAAAUAUUGACAUACUUAUUAUCACCUGAUGGCGUCCUAAAUAUUUAUAAAGUUGAAUGUUCACCGGGUGAAAAUAAUAACCUUGCGACAUCUGACUCGCACCCAAAUUAUGUGAUAAAAAGGAAAUUAAAGACUGUGAUGCGUGGUAAUGAGGGUCAUGCAGUGAGGGCAAAUAUUUCAUUAGAUUUGAGUAAUCCAUUACAAGAUCAUCCAAGUUACAUCGAAGAAGCAAUAGAAAAUUAUCCACUGCGUUUACUAACGUUUUUGAAAAUUGAAUUAAAUCAGUAUCGCCGAUCAUUAAAUAUUCCUUAUUCCACGCCAUUGUCGAGGUAUCUACAACGAUAUAAUAUUGUUGAAAUGCAUUUGGACAAUAUUUUAAAAAGUGUAGAUGACAGCAAGCUUCCAUUUGAGAUUUUCCAAUGUCCAAAUGUUAAAAUUUUAUCUCUCAAACAUAAUCACCUACGUCAAAUACCCAGUGCAAUUGGUCGACUAUCAAAGCUUGAAGUGCUUAUACUCACUGACAAUUUAUUAACUGUACAAUCAAUUCCUUUUAGUCUAAAGUUUUGUGUGAAUCUAAAAGAACUAUAUGUUGACGAUAACCAGCUUGAAGCAUUACCUGGAUUUUUAACGAGCAUGAAACAUUUAGAAUUGGUUUAUAGAUUGGGUAAUCGUAAUUACUUCAAGUCAUUUUUUUUAUGGUAUCACACCGAUUAUGAUCAUAGAGCUCGUAAAGAGAUUUGGAAAAAUUAUUGGAUAAGAGGAGAGGCAGGUUCAAGACCAGCUGUAUCAUCUCUCUUGGACAUUUGUGUUGAAAAAAUAUUUUCAAGUGGAAUUAAUUUUUUUAAUGAAGAAAUCCCGGAAUCCUUAAAACAUUAUAUGUCCUUGACUUACCUUAAUUACAAUAUAUGCAACUUCUGUAAUGUUGCAACUGACUGUUCAAAACCAGGUUAUAGUACGGUAACGUUUCUAACUCCUUAUCUGGGAAAUACCUGUGUUCCAUUUCAACAUUGGGCGUGUUCAAAAGAGUGUGUUCUUGCAAUCGAAGGUCCAGCAAAAAAGUUACAGCUUGAAGGAGCAGAGAGACUAGACCAUGAGUAUUCUCAUUAUAUAGCGGCUUCUAAUAAAACUGCUGAAAAGUCUAAUAUGAAACUAAAACGUAAUAAAUGUUGUAUAAGUUAAGUUACUUAGUUAUUCGACAUGUUCAUAAAUAACAAAUAUGUACUUUGUUAAUCAUUUGUAUGAGACUGA